GCAUGUAAGGGUGCAGACCAGCGCGAUUCAUCAGUUCAUUGACGGGCCCGAUGUUGCCGAGCGGCCUUGUCUGAGCAUGGGACAGACUGCUGGCUCUUUGCCACUGAAGCGCUUCGUGAAUCACCCACGAGAAGUUGUGGCUGAUGCUCUGGAAGGCUACCUCUGGACACAUCCAAAUGUGCAGCUCCUGGAGGGGUACCCGGAGGUCAAAGUCCUCAUCUCGUCUUCCUGGUCUCGCGACUGUGGCCGAGUGGCGGUGCUGUCUGGGGGUGGCUCCGGCCAUGAGCCGGCAGAUGCUGGAAUGAUUGGUGAUGGUAUGCUGACGGCCGUUGUUUGUGGCGAAAUUUUUGCUUCACCCUCUGCCUAUGCAGUGGCUCGUGCCCUAGAAGCCAUCACCGGCAGUGCCGGAGCGAUCGUCGUGGUCAGGUCGAACGCAGGCACCCGGCUGAACUUCAUGUCUGCUGUGAAGGAAGUCCAGACUCGCUUACACUUGCGGGUCAAAGUGGUCUGCGUGUCUGAUGACGUGGCCACGAGCAAGAGGUAUGGCUCCCGCGCUGAUUUCACGCAGGCGAGAGGCAUUGCAGGUUCCCUGCUGAUUUGCAAGAUUGCGGGUGCGGCAGCAGCAGCAGAACUCUCGCUAGAUGAGGUCUACGAGGAGACAGCAGCAGCUGCAGCAGCGGUCCGGACGCAGGGAGUCAGUUUCCACUCCUGCAGCAUUCCCGGAAUGCUUCCUGCCAGACCAAUCCCGGCAGACGAAAUGGAGGUGGGCUUGGGGAUCCAUGGUGAGCCUGGUCUUCGAGUCAAAGCGACCUCAAGCACCACUGCGAAGGAGAUUGUGGAGACCAUCAUGUCGCAGCUGGCCAUCCAUGUUCCUCGCAAAGUCCCGCUUUGCGUCAUGCUGAACAAUCUGGGAUCGGUGCCUGAGAUCGAGAUGCAGCUAGUUGCCGGCCAAGUAAUGAAUUCGGAGCUCGGACCCCGGAUCAAGCUUUUGAUUGGGCCAGCACAUCUCAUGACUGCCUUGGACACUAACGGAAUCUCCAUCAGUGUGUUGCCACUGGAGGAUCGCGACACCAGCACUUGCGGGACAAGCGUGGCUCUGGACAGAAAGCGAGAUGACGAUGCCGGCCAGCCCGCAGAUGGGCGACGACGAUCCAAAAGUGUCCAUUUUCGGGAUGAAACCCCAGACACAAAGGAGGCUUUUGUUCAGGUCUUCUCUCCCGAGCACUUUGACGGUCCAGAUAUCCAAAGUGACUGCACCAGCCAUGCCGGCCAGACUCCGGCGAAGCCAAGCGAAGCCUUCUUCCCGCAGAUUCUCGAAGAGGCAGACGAAGCAAACGAGUGCUCAGACGACAUCGAGGAGGAGUGCUGUGAGAACCCCGAGCUCUCUCUUCGUGCCAUGCGGCUGCUCGCGCCGGUUGCGUGCACGGGCUGGAAGGCUGCCGUCAUCCCUCGCAAUCCGCAGAUCGUCAAGCGACAUGAUCCACGGCCAUUGCUUGCAAUACGCGGGCGAUCGGCUUCAAGCCGCUUCGCAGACUCCGAGCAUCCUCUGGUUCGCUCGAUGCUGACCCGUGCUUGUCAGGCUAUUCUGGACAGCGAGCGCGAGCUCAACGCCCUCGAUGCCGCUGCAGCAGAUGGCGACCUGGGGCGGAACAUGGCUCGGGCAGCACAGCUGGUCCUGGGUGCUUUAGGUGAUGGCCACCUGCCGCUGGCUCGUCCAGCCUUGCUGUUCCUGCGCCUGGCGGAUAUCAUGCGUGGCGUGGAUGGGACGCUUUCCGCCCUGAUGUCGGUCUUCUUCGGCCGAGCCGGCCGCUUCUUGGCGCACCGGCGAGCGAGGUGGCAAAAGAAGGCCAAAGCCAAGGGCAGGAGCAGGAAGCGCUGCUUCAACCACAUGGGCUGGAACAGCAUCGAUGUUUACGAUGCUUUCUGUGCCGCUGAAAAGGAGGUGGAAGAAGUUGGCGAAUGUGCCGAAGGGAAGCGCACGUUUCUAGAUGCUCUUCUUCCGGCACUGCAAGCGGCCGGAAGCACCAUCAAACGACCCGCUGAGGGUUGUGAAGGCGAGCUCCUGCUGCCACUGGAGGAGGAGGAGGACGACAGCGAUUGGAGCCACUCCUUGGCUUCAUGGAGUCGGCAAGCCAGCAAUGGCAGCGGCAACGACGUGGAAGAGGAGGAGACAGAGGCUCCGGGUGACGAGGCAGAUAUUCCCGUGCCCUGGGAAGCGAUUGCCGUGGCCGCCCAAGAGGGGGCACGAGCCACGGCCAGCAUGAAAAGCUCACCCUGCUAUGGAGGCUUCAUCAACGACUGCAGCGAAAGCAUCUGCGACGGCGGGGCCAUGGUCGUGGCAAUCCUCCUCACGGCCAUGGCAGGGCCAGCUCAAGGUCUGCUGCAGGUUGUGGAGGACGACCGGGUCAAGGACAUCGUGCAGAUUGGAGAGACCAUUGGCCAUGGAUCCUUUGGAACGGUCUACGUGGCGAAGAUGGCAUCAGGGGGUCCACAAGUGGCCGUCAAGAUAAGCAAGCGAUCCAAGGAAAGCGGCCCAAGGAGCUUUGGCGAUCUGGAUUUCUUGGACCGGCGCAUCGUGAGCAACUGGCUUUUCAUGAGCAAGCCGAACAUCACGCAUGUUCAUCAGGUGCUCGUGAGCCCAACCUUCUUGUACGUCAUCAUGGAGUAUUUGGAUGGGCCGGAUCUCUCCGAUUGGAUGCUUGCUGACGAGGGACAGCACCGAAACGAGCUGGUCGUCAUGCUGCUGCUUCAGCAAAUCCUGCUGGCGGCGCGUGAAGUGCAUAGACAUGGCUUCGUCCACAGAGACCUGAAGCUGGACAAUUUCCGCUUCGCGAGAGGACCUUCCAGCGAGCUCAAGCUUGUCGACGUGGUGGGGACGAUGUGCUUUCGCCCGGACCGCUUGAUCUCGAAAAGUUGGUGCGGCACUGGGCCCUUCUUGAGCCCAGAGGCUCUGCUGGGAGACGUGUCGCCUGCGGCGGACAUGUGGGCCAUCGGCGUCAUGGCAUUCGUGCUUCUUUCUGGGGAUCUUCCUUUCCAGGCCUCCUCCCUCUCCGAGCUGCGAGAGGCGCACGAGCGGGCCCUUGACGGCGAUGCUGUUUUCAAGGAGAUCUCGGACGCCAGCAAGCAGUUGGUACUCCAACUGCUCAACCCGGAGCAGGCGAACCGUCUGACCGUGGACCAAGCUUUGGAGCUGAUCGAAGCGGACGAAGGCUGCCUCGCGCAGGCCAGGUCCAGACCGCAGCCACUUCCACUCGCUCGCUGCCAGCGUGUUCGAAGCGAAUGCUGGAGCAGUUGCCAUCCUGAUCUCAAGCCGCCGGAGGUCAAGACUCUCUACUUGGUGCGGCAUGGCGAGGCAGUCCACAACAUCAAGGAAAAACAGGCCCAGCUGACCGCCAAGCAGCAAGCCUUAUCCGAUGGCCUCACGCCCAGCUCGGGCGAGUUUCAGGCGCGCGUGGAAACGGCCAGGAAGCAGGUGCUGCAGGAUGAGACCCUUCACGAUGCUGCUCUGUCACCUUCUGGCAAGAUGCAAGCAUUGGAUGCCCUUGCUGAAAUCAAGAGGCUGACGAUGCAAAGCUACCCGCAGCCCACGGCUAUCUACGUCUCUCCUCUCCAACGGACUCUGCAAACGGCGGCGAUCCUCUUCCCGGAGCAUCCGAGCAUUCAUGUUCGAGAAGAGCUUCGUGAACGUCGCACGGGUUUGCCGUGCGACGAGCGCCAGCGUGCCGACCAAGUUGCAAUGCGACAGACCUUCAACUUCAUGUCUUUUGAUGAGUUGCGCAGUCACGACCGGCAGAACUUCCGACAAUGCCCUGGUGCAGAAGACGGGGAAGAGGACAAGAACGAGCUGCGUAGCCGAACAGGGCUGAUGGAGACGUUGUUGCGUGAACAGGCAGACGGCUGCUUGGCUGUGGUGACCCACAAGGGCUAUCUGCGGGAGCUCGAACGUGGGCGUCUUGGAGUUCCGGAUGCCCGGGAGUUCGACAACUGUGAGGUGCGCGUGUACCAGGCCACCUGCCGACUCGCCUAUCGCCUAGUACAUGAGAGCAGCUGGACCUUUCAGGAGUCACACUUCCCGCUGAAGGCCACCUGGCAGAAACCUCGUAGGCGGGAUGCUGGCCAAGAGGCUUUACAUCCGGGCGCGAUAGAAGAGUUAAGGGGGGGCCAGCAACAUUUGCAAGAGGCUUGCAAUCUGUUCCGACGUUUCACCUUCGCAUUUUGGCGGGGUUUCAAAGUCAUCGGUUCACAGCUGCAGAUGCUGCUGUACAAGGGUUCAACCGUGACCGCCCAACUUCAUGCAGGACGCGCUCGGGUGGACUUGGGGAGCAACAUUUGCGAAAAGGUGCUGGCUCAGAAGCUCGUCUUCCAGGACCUUCCUCGGCUCCCAUCGCCGAAUCCACAGCCCUCGCGGCUGGCGAGGCUUUUCGGGAGCGAUGGACAAACUUGGCUGACGCUCUUCGAGGCUAUCGUCCAGAUGCCUCGCCAGGUUUCCUUGAUGCACUGCAAGUACGACUGGCGUUGGGCUGACCUCAAUGAGACAAAAGCUGAGUGGCAGAAGGUGCUCUCCCCACCAAUUCGGGUCUUGGAGGUCACCUGCCCGUACCGGUCCAGGGGGUUUCUGAUGCCCGGCCCGAUCAUCGUGCCACCAAGCAAUCCGUCGGGGCACCGCGAAUGGCGGGACGUAGCCGUCACUUGCUUCCGCAUGGCCUUUGUGGCAAUUCUGAUUCUUGUGUGCGUGGCCCAGGUCGUCCUGCUCAUGGGCUGCAUAGCAAUGCUUGUCAUGCAAAUAGGCCCUCACCUCAGUUUUGAGGACUGUCGCCGAGGCUCCAAAUUUGGUAACGACAAGGGUACGCACAGAUGA